UUGAUACAGUAGGCUACAAGUAAUCAGCUGUUCCUCAUAACUCCUUUUUGACUCCUUUCUUGAAAUCUCAAAAUUUUGUGGGAAAAGUUUAUUAUUUUUAAAUUUGCCAAAUUCAAUAGGUUUUGUGGGAUUAUAAAGUGUAAAGUAUCCAUCAAGGCUUUCUGGAUUUGUAGGUCUCAUGGCUGUCUGAGAUGCGCUCAAUGUGGGUAACCAUUGCUCUGCUCUUGCUGUAUGUCUUAAUUGUUUUUCUUGGCUCACGCAUCAUCGACAUUUUCCUGUGGUGUCAAGGCGGUUCGCAAUUUGUCGAUCCGUUUGUGCUAAGUGUUGGUCAGUUGAAACAACUUUUGGAGAAUCGAGGUGUCAGCUACACCGGCUAUGUUGAGAAACAAGAACUAGCACAACUAGUUAAAGAAUCAGCGGAUGUGAGCAUUGCUGAGGUUGCGAGGCUGAGCAGCAAUGCAGGCAACAGCGUUGAGGCAGAGAGGGAGAGGCUUUCGGCUACACCCAGUUCAUCAGAGUUUCUAAGCAGUGAUCAUUUCUAUGAGCAGAUUCGUUGUUUCAGGCUAUGUCGAAGCAAAGGCUGGUUCGAACCGCUUUUAUUACUUGCGCUGCCCAAAGGCACAAAACCAAAGGAUAAAGUUAUUCUACGCUCUUCACAGCUAACAAGGCCGCAGGCUAUAGUUGAAUGGCUGAGAGAGGAGCUGUCGAUACGUGUUCAUAAAGUUGCCGAUGUGCACGAAUUGGAAGAAGACUGGUUGACCAGUAGGCCUACAGAUGGCAUCAAAGUGCUACUUUUAACUCAUCUAUUGCAUCCUCCUCUAUUUUUGGCUGCGCUUAGUAUAAAGUUUUCAGGACGAAUCAAGUUCGGAAUGCUAACUGUGAAAAACGAAGAGGAAGCAGAGCUGUUGAAAAAGCGUUCAGACUAUUCGCAUGCGCCGACUUAUCUAGUCAUCACACCCGAAAAGACAGUGACUUAUGGCAAACGCAAGGGCGAACACUUCAAUUUCUGGGCGAUGAACGCUUUUCUCUGCUCUGUCCAACCGGAGAUUAUCGACAUUUUUAACGCUUCACCAUAUUUAUUUUUCCAGAUAAAUGUAGAUUACUGGUGGAAAAGAGUAGUUUGCGCUCUUUGGAGGAUCGUCAGUCACAACCUUUUCCUGUUCUGGGCGUGGAUGGUCAUCAUGGGUAUACAGCGAUCUUCUAUUUUCAGUUUCAUAGCCAGCUAUUGCCUAGUUGCUUCAAGAUAUGUGUGGCUGAGUGAUUUGGGAGCGUUAAUACGAUCUGACUGUCAGCUGAUGGCUAGGCAUGAGAUAUUUUUCAUUGUCUCGUACUGCAUCUAUGGCUUCUUCGGGCAUUACAUACUAAGCAUCACACAAUUCGAGGAGCCAGAGUCGUCGGAGCACGAUGAUGAUGAAGAGGACCAGGGCGGUGGAGGCCGCGGCUGGUGGGAGAUGCUGUCACUGGACUGCCUGUUCCGACCAAUGGGCUCGACCACUGUGCGCAGUCGCGGGCAGACGCAUGCGCAGAUGGACAUCCAACUGGAGGAAGGCAUCGAGAUGCUGAUUGAGCGGCUGGCUGUACCCAACCUGUGGCUGCAGCCGACUCAUUCGCCCGACUACAUCAAGCGCCUGCCUGUCUGGAAGUUCAAGGCUGCCACUGACGACUCUGAUGAAGAAAAACUGUUGAAAUUGAUGGACGACGGGUUGGAUUUGACAAGCCAGGCACCUGCAGAGAUGCUGCCUUCGCAGGAGUGCGCCGUCUGCCUGGAGAACUACCAGCGCGACGAGGUCAUCUGCGGACUACCGUGUGCGCACACGUACCACCACCAGUGUCUGCUGGCCUGGCUGCAGACUGACAACCACCACUGUCCCAUCUGUCGGUGGCCUGCCUACAAGCCGCAUCCCAGGCAGCAGCCCAAGCAGCAUGCAGCCUAA